CGCGACACCAAUUGAUAAUAGGCGAAUAGUUAGCAGAGACAGCAGAGACUGCGUAUAGCACGAUAAGACGUCGGAUUUAUCUGUUUUUAUUGGACUUGAUUUUUUAUUCCGGAAAGUUCUAUAUCAUCGGAAGAUUAUAUGAACUGUAUAGCUAUGAAGUGUGCUGUUGUUUUAACGUGGGUUAUUACAUUCUUGACCUUGACGGACAGUGCCGUGCUGCGGGGCAAGAUUCUCAAAACAAAGACUGUCACCAGAAGACAGAUGGGCGAUCCAUAUGCCGGGGACGUGAUAAAAGUGGCCAUUGUAGAGACUGUGAUGUGUUGGCCGGACGCUGAAGAAUUCUGCGAAGGUGAGGGCGGUAUGCUUCUGAAAAUAACAGAUACUGAUGUAGAGCACGAGCUUGAAGAUUUUCUCGACGGCGACGAAGAAUUGAUAGACCGGGAAUUUUGGCUAGGGGCCAACGACAUGAACGAGAAUGGAAAAUUUGUGUUUCCCGACGGAAGUGACGUCGGUUAUUGGCAUGGUACCGACAUUCCAACAAAAGAGAGUGAAGGUAAAUGUGUAGCUCUCAGCCCCCAUGGAGGUGGUAGCUUUACGUGGGAGGUACGACCCUGUUCCGAAGAGAAGUCAUAUCUUUGCGAACUGCCAAUGGAUGAUGACGACAUGGACUUUUCUUCAUCAAGUGUUUAUGAACCCGUGCCAGACGAGUGUGUCAACGGAGAGUCCCCGGUUGACUGCGACUCAAACCCUUGUGAUGAAGCAACCUGCCCAGCUUACCCCGAUGCUAAGUGCAGUUUGAAUAAUUGCGGUGGAUGUUUUGCCUUUUUCUUCGACACUUAUGGAGCUAUUUUAGACUGUGGAGAAAAGUCGUCAUCCGAGGAGUCUUCUGAGACAACUGUAUCAUGUGACAAACAGGACUGUGAAGGCAUUGAUCUGUGUGGAAGAGAAACGUGUACGGUCUAUCCUGAUGCCGAAUGCAUACCCAAUGAGUGCGGUACCUGCUGCGCCGAUUGGUAUUACGAUGGAAAGUUGGUCGAUUGUGACGAUGCUUGUUGUAUGCCGGCUGAAAAGGGUGGAUGCGAAGACAGUAUUGAAAGGUACUUCUACAAUUGUGAGACGAAAAAAUGUGAGACGUUCGAGUGGAGUGGUUGCGAUGGUAACGACAAUAACUUCAAAACGGAAGAAGAAUGCCACCUUGAAUGCGCAAUUUGGGAAACGGAAGCGCCAAAACCAUGCAGCAGAAGAUAGAAUUGUAUAAAUAGUACAUCAUUUACAACAAUAUUUAAACUGCACUAGGAAAUCCAUUUUGAUAGUAAACGUUCAUGUUUAAGUUAUCUAAUAUGCUGGGUCGUGGUCAUACUUAGUGGGUACUUUCAGUUAACCAUCUGUGUUCUCAUAGUUACAUAAACGGUGAAUAUAAAAAAAAUAUUAUUCAUAUGCAGAUUAGAGUAUAUUUAAUUUGACAAUUGUUACAACAAAUCAAUAAUAUUAUUGAUUGAUUACAUUAGUGAUCGACAGUAUCAGGAACAAAAAGGUUUGAAUUUUGAGGCAAAUUUUAGAUAACAUAUGCUUGCUUACAGAACCAACAUCUCAUUUUGAGCAUUGUACUUCUUUAAAUUGUUCUCAUUGUAUGACCUAUUUAGAGAAAAAUAAAUAAUCCGAGACACGGUAUUACAGAGUUUGACAUCUCAAUAAUUUUGCUCACUAAUGCGUGGAAAUCGAUGCAUACGUUUAUAUAACAAACUAAUAUACAUUGUAAUUUUUCUGUUCUGGUAUAAUUCAACAGACAAUUCGUUACAACGGAUAGUUCUAAGUGGCUGUGGUAUAAUAAUUAUAAAUAUUUAAUGCAAUAAUGCCCAUAUAUAAUGACUUUUCGGUCAUAUAUAUCUUGUCCGACAACACAAUUAUAAUAUUGAUUGCAUGUUCCUAUCUGCAACAGUACUUAAUGUAUUGCAGUUAUGUACGUUAACGAGGUCACAUGACUAUAUAUGGUCACAUCUUUUGUCAUAUGUCUUUAUUAUACAAUAGUUGCAUGUUAUAGAUAUAUAUGAGAUCCCAUGGUCCAGUUCCACAAAGUAGAUAAUUAAUAUGCAUGGAUUUCAACCCUGAAAUAAUCAGAUUUGAGGAUAAUCCCAAAAAAAACGAAUUUACCGAGUUUCAUUGAAAUAUGAUGAGUGUACUCAGAAUAUCUGGAUAUUUAUGCAAAUUAGGUAAUAAGUAAGCAUACAAUUUAACCCAAAAAUAAACAUAUUUAUGGCUUAUCUCUCUUAUGGCCCAUCUAUAUACCAAGUUUCAUUGAAAUCUGAUGAGAAAAAGCUAAAAAAAAAUGUGUAUGCAAAUUGGGUGAUUAUUAGCAUUAUCCGAGAGCAUCUAUGCACCAAGUUUCAAUGAAAUCUGUAAUGUUUCAGUGAAAUCUGAUAAUUAUGUGACCCAGGUUCUUUGAACCUCAAAUAUAUCCCCCCUUUGUUAACACUAAUUGAGUUUGUUUAUAUCCAGAAACCUUGUGUAUUCAUUAACAGGGCAUUUGCCUAACUAUUUCGGAUUAGCGCCCUCACAUGUCAAUUGCACUGUCUUGCUUGUGUGACCUUUUUCACCUCUCUAUGAUCUGUUGUUACUUAGGCUAAAUGAAAAUAAAGAUCCGAGAUUAUUAUCAGCAACCACAA